CCCAAACUAUAAAAAUAUUUACACUAUCAAUACAAUAUCCCAUUGUUAUCAUCCAAUUUAAAAUUUGGGGACAUGUGUUGUUUCAAUAUUGUAGUUAAGUUAUUAAAGCGAGCUGGACCAACUGGUCAGACUGGCGGGGAACUGAAAUGGUCAUAAGGGGUCGGUGUGCAGCAACAUCCCUCUCCUCUGGACCGGAGUGUAACCUGCGUGAUUUUAAAGCAAAAUGGCGACAGUGUAAUAGAGGGGAAGAACGGUGUCAAGUGCAAUGACAAACUUGUGGACAUGAGUCGUCGUCCUGAGAAUGUCGUCAGCUUUCAGACGUGGAUCCAAAAACUGGGGCUAAAUUUGGAGCUUGGAUUCCCUGCGGCAGGGUGUGUUUUCUAAGAGCCAUGUGGCAGAAUCAGUGUUACAGCACAGACUGAAAGUAUUGGUACUAUGUCUCAUCUGAAGCCAAAUGCACAAGAGGACAAAGACGUGGAACCGGUGUCUGACAGCCCAGGUCGUACUCAGGAGCCAUUACAGAGUCACACAUUCUCCCUGAAGAACAAUGCUGCAGGUCUGUCCUCAGAUGAACACGAAAACCCUUUAAAUGGAACCCAGCCGAAUCCAUUUGUAUACAGGAGUGUCCCUGCUGUUCCCCAUGCAGGCAAUUCAUUGCCUUCAGGAGCACUUGUUAAUGGACCUGGUUCACACCCCACCUCAGAGGUACACUGUGUCCUGAACAAAGGCACUGUUUUAUCCAACAAUGUCCUGGAUGCCGCGUGGCAACCGGAGAAGGACACGAGCCCCGAGGUGUUACCACCACCUAGUGAGCUUCAAUCAGACGCUUGGAAGAACACAGCGGGGCCCGUCGUAAAAACACUGGCCACACAGCCAGGUGUCAACACGCCACUGUCUCACUCGGAGGAGAAUGAGUCUAAACUGGCCUAUUCCACACUGUCAGGUGACAGUGCAGAGCAAAUGCACAUUAGCCAACCUUUGACAAAACAGACAAUAAAAACAAGAUCUCUACGGGAUGCAGAAUGGUCAGAAAGCUCCUCAGACGAUUAUGAUGAUAGUGAAGUAUUCAGAUGGGAUUCGGCAAGAGAGCGCUUCUUGCACAAUGACAGAAGGCUGGAGACCAAAGUGAUGCACCAAAGACACAGGAAGCACAACACACAUGUAAUAAGCACGUCAAGCUCUCAAGAAAAGGUUAACAACAGCUUAAAUCACACAUACAGACAUUUUUGCAGAGGUAAUAAUGUUUUAAAUGUCGCCAACAAACACAAAUCUAUGGGUACACAAUCUGAUAAUAAAUAUUCAGUUAUGCCAUUCAAAGAUCUUUCUAGGAGCACAGCUUUAGACUCUGAGCACCAUGUGUAUAGCACAGCACAGGAAGGCUGUAAUGAGGAAAAUGACCCUGAAGAUGAAGACAAUUUUAGUCUAAAAGUGGAACAACUGAAGACAGAGCAACUUGAACAAGAUCCACUUUUCUUUUCUUGCACAAUAUGCAAUGUUAAUUUCAAGGAAAAAAGACAUUUCCAUAGACAUAUGAUGUAUCAUUUAGGCAAGCAUAAUCAGGUGAACAGUGACAAUGUUUCACAGCCCUUUAUAUGCAGGGAGUGUGGGCGUUUGUUCUGUGAUAGAAACUCCCUCAUGAGGCACAUUAUUAUUCACCAAGACAGGCUGGAAAAACUUAUGGAGGAAAUCAAAGUUCUCAAAAACACUGAACUGGAAGAUGGGGCCACCGCAGUACAGUGCCCUCAGUGUGUAUUUGGCUGUAAUUGCCCUAAAAUCUUUGUCCAGCAUGCCAAAACACAUGAUAAUCUGAAACAUUACUACUUCUGUGAGGAGUGUAACUACAUUACACUGACACAGCAGGCACUUGAAGCACACCUACAUGUCGCACACCUCAACACACACCAGACUCAAUACAGGAAAAUGACUCAUACUAAUGAUGCAGAGGAAGCAGACCAUGUUCACGUUCAGUGUAAAAUGGGUUUUUUCACUUGCAGGGACAAAGUAGCAUUGGAAAGACAUUCAGAGUUGGAGCGUCAACGAUCACACAGUGGCAAUUAUAAGAAGUAUGCUGAACAGCCAAAAAAUGCCAGGUCUAAACCUCAGUCUACUUUUGGAGAAACAGCCCAUUUCCCCCACUGGCCCAGUAAAAAAGGGGAAAUUUACAUUAAAAAGUCCAACACGCUAAUUUCAGACAAAAACAUAAAGUCCCCUCAGUUUAAGUGCUGCACCGAAAACACGCUGUCACCAUCUUUAUGGAGGAUCGACAAGCAUGGAAAGUUACUCCUACAACCAGUAGAAAAAUUAGAUGUGGCAACUGAUCUCACCUGUGUGAAACAAGAUGAUAAAAAAAAUGACCACAAGGCUUUUGGCAGCUCAAAGCAUGUGAACUGUCCUGCAACUGUAGAUUUUUUACUAUCAACCAGCAAUCCUAAAUUAGACCGGAUGUUCUGUCAGGGAAACAGGAAUGAUCUGGCAAGCGGGAGUUCACAAGAGCCAGUAAACCAAAAUUCUCCAUCAGUGAGAAAAAUGGCAGCACCUUUGCAUAACAGUAUUGACAAUAUGAAUAGUAAUAUAAUGCCAAGGCUUAGCCAGAGGCUUCAGAAGCAGUCUGCAGAUAGGGAGCUAGAGAAAGGCUGUGAGGGCAACGAUAACUUCAGUGAUGACACCAGUGAAGCUACAGGCAGCUUCUUGGAAAGCAGCGAGAAUGAAAGGAACCCGUAUGCUCGGAGGUAUUUCAGAAAGAGGCAGAGGUUUUCAGCCAAAGACCAAAGCUCCCAUGUACUCCAGAAUGAAGAUGAUGGCGAUGAAGACUGCAGUGACAUAGAGCAACUCAUAAUCAAGGAGGAGUAUAUCGAAACUACAGUGUGUGAUGAUUCCCUGGAGUCGCCUUUUACAUCUACAAGUGACAGCUUUGACGUUUUGCCCACACCAGGGGUCGAACACAAGCUCUGCCCGUACUGCCCUGCCAUGUUUGAGUCUGGAGUGGGUCUGUCCAAUCAUGUGCGAGGGCACCUUCACAGAGUUGGCUUGAGUUAUAACGCUCGUCACAUGGUUUCGCCGGAGCAAGUGGCGUUGCGGGACCGGCAACCGCGAAUCCGCAGAAGGAUCCCCACUGGCAUGAGGAAAGUGAGAAAAGCCGUUAAGCCAGAAACACAAGGAGAGCACACGUGUCCUCUGUGCUGGGGUUGGUUUGAUACUAAGACUGGCCUGUCGAACCAUGUGAGGGGACACCUGAAACGAAUAGGGAGAAGUGGUACCAGUAGCAGUAAGUCCCCCCUGUGCAUCCUAAAUGAACUCCUACAGGACAAAAAGGAGCAUCACAACAUCCUCCAGGUCCUCAACAAGAGCCAGUUCCCCUCACAGCCUUUUGUCUCUCAGAAAUUCAUCAGCAGCAAUGGCUUGUUCCUGAUGCGUACUGGACUACCAGUGAAAAUCCAGUAUGAGAUGAGGAGUCCACAUCCCAUAUUGGACAGCUUUGUACCAAAACAGGAGACAGAGGCCUUCUCAGAGCAGAAAAAGCUACAGUUAGAAGCACAAAGAGGCACCAAGGCCUCCUCAAGCAUUUUAGUUGAACUUCUCAAGGCAAGACAGGAGAGUAUGGAGCUUACAGCGAGAAACAAGCAGGAAACCUAUGCAACCAAGUUCCAUGAUAUUACCAAAGAUUGCAUGGAGGAGACUGAAGUGACCAGUGUGGAACCAAACUGGGCUCAUGGAGAAUGUGAUUCAAAUAAAUCAUGUCUUCAGUGUAACAGCAGCCUCCCCACUGCUGUCAGUCUGUCUGGUCGUCUUCAAGCCUAUGCAUGCAGGAAGAGGAUUGCCAUUUUGGAAGAACCAGGCUAUGAUUAUAAACAGAAGAAGCCAAGACUAAGGCCUGGGCUAAAAAAGAAGAUUUUACCCUCCUUGAAUGCUGAGAUGUACACACUCACCUGCAGAUUCUGCGACCUAGUCUUCCAGGGUCCCCUGUCUAUCCAGGAGGAUUGGAUCAAGCAUUUACAGAGGCACCUUCUGAACACCAGCGUGCCCUACUCAGGGACAGGGAUGGUAGAGGUUCUGGGUCUUCAUCACAAAAUACAAAUAAGCAUGUCACAUCAGCACUCAGAUCCUGAGUAGAGUUCUACCAGCUGCCUCCUGAUUUUACACACCGUAUGUUCAGCACAUUAUUUUAGAUGAAUCCUGUAACUGUUUAUAUGAGUAUACUAGUUAAUCAAGACUUAUUAAUGAUAGUAUAUCUUAAUAAUACCUUAUGUAUUAGCAAAAACUAAAUUAUAUGAUAUUCAAAUGCAAUGCUUUGCCUUAUCAACUUAGCUAAUACAACUUGUAGGAUUUAUGUUUUUGACUGCUGUAUAAGGUAGGGACAACAAGAAUCAUAGUGGCAGUCUGAGCAGCACCAGCACAAAACAUUUCCUCAGUAUAAGCUGAUCUGGCACUGCAGAGCUGCCAUUGUGAGAAAAAAAUGUUUCUCAUAUUUUUGUCAUGAUAAAAAAGUGCCUUGUUAUUGAGAAAACAUUCUCAUUAUAAAAUGAAAAAAAUAUCAAAAUAUCUCACUUGUAACUUGUUGUCAAAAAGGGGAAGUUUUCUAAUUAUAUAAAAAAAUAUCUCUUGGUAGGAGAAACUUUUUGUCAUUGUAAGAAAAGCUAAAAGUAGCGAUGUUCCUCCAAUACGACAGAAAUCCCUGUGACUGAGCAUUUGAAUUAACUUCAUGUCCCACUUUCUGUUGCAACCAACACACAAUGAAAUAGUGCUCUUGUUAAGCAAUGUACACGGGACUGUCAUUAGUUUGGAGGAUUUCGCCUCUCUGUGCCUGCAUCAGAGAGAGAAUCUCGCUUAAUCAAAGUGAGAUUCAAGAUGUUAUAUUAUGUUGGGACAGCUUGUUCUGUCAUUGUUUGUUCUCCUGCUUAGCCAUCAGUGUAAUUUCUGAAAUCCUGUUCUCAUUAUAGCCGUGAACGUCUUUUUAUGAUGAGAAAUGUCUCAAGUUAUAACAAGAAAACUUUCCAGUUAUAACAAUAUACCGUGAGAGUUAUUUUUUCUCAUUUUGGCAGCUCUCUAUUUGCAAAGGCUUGAACCCAAAAUCAGUUGUGGUUCAAUUUCUUUUGUCUUUUGGUUCUCAUGUGAGUAAGAAUGUGUUGUAAUUAGUGAUGUCACACUUAAAUUCAUCCUAAAAAAGUCUAGACCACUGUUACUGAACAUUAUGCAUGUCCAUCACCUGUCCUCCAAUCCCUACAGCUCUCAGAACUUGGUGCUUAUUUUGCAGGCUAGCAGACAAUACUUUCAGACAGGAGAGCAGGCUAUGCAAAGUGCAAAGAUGACAUUUUGAAAUGAUGUUGCACUUUUUUGUAGUACAUUUAUAGUGGUCAACCAACCCAGCAAGGAUAAUGACUGAAAUUUUUACCAGGUUCUAUCACUGAAAGAUAGGACUCUGUCUUUUGCGAAAGUACGUUUAAUAUGUUUAAUGCUCUGUGUGCACAUGGUCCAUGUGUGCUUUAUUUCAGCAGUUUGUCCUCCUUUGACACUCUUCUCUGCACCAAUGUAACGUGUAGUCUCAUUGCCAAAAGACACAACUCACAGUAAACUAUUUUGAUAAAAACUUGUUUUUUAAAUUAAAAACUCAAAAUAAGAAAGAAAAGUUAAUAUAUUGCAUCAAUAUUAUGAUAAAUAUUUACAAUGUGUAUAUUGCUUUCAGCAAUGUCUGUAUGUUCCAUGAUAGUUUUUCAUAUUUUAUUAGAUGCCAAUGACUAUAAUAUAACGUAAAAAUCUUAAAAAAGAAUAGAACUGUAGAUUUACACUAGUUAUUUGAGCAGAAGUCAUAAAGUUAGUUAUAAAGGUAUUUUAUGUAUUUAUUUAUCUUCUCAAAAUAUUGAGAUUGUUAUAUUGAAGAUUUUAAACUGUAGAGGUGUAGCACUCCCUAACAUACAGUGCAGUUCUUAUCAUUACAAGUUGUUCAUUCUUACUCAGGCUUGAUAAUUUUUAGACUUAGCAUUGAUAAGAUUCUAAUACAGCUUUUGUAGGUGACUAUUUGUGUAUAAAUCAGUGACAUCAAUGAAAAACUUGCAUGAUAUAAAAGUAAAUGUCAUUGCUGUGAAUUUAGGGAAUUAUUCUUAAAGCUAAAUAUACUAAAGCAUUUUUAGUGGUACCAGGUAAAAUAGAGUAUCAAUGUAAUGUUGAUAUUGGAGAAUAGAUUAUGGCACUGUCACACUACCCCAUAAGGAGAAUUGAAGGUAUUGGGAGUAGCAUCUGGCUACUUGGUAACUGCUGAGAUCAUUUACAACAGCAGUUUAGGUGGAGUGGACAAAGGGUUUGACAAGAGUGGAUAAUUGAGCAAGCUGUGUGAGAUUUAGGUAGAACAAAAGACUUAAUUUGCAAGACAAUGCUGUUUAUCACAUAAGAUGAUGCUAAAGGAGGAGAAGAGCCAAAUGUCUGGAUAUUCAACAUCAGGUGAAAAAGCAUUACAGUGAAUUAACAAAUUAAGGGAUAGCCACAGUGAUCAGUAUGAGAAAAUGUACAACAUUUCUGACUGUCAGGUUUUUAGUUCAUGAAGGUGUUUUGGAAGCUCAUUGUGGAGUGCAGGGCCAACAACACAGGAAGGACAAUGCAUUAAUGCUCACGGCUCUAAAUAGAAAAUUAAACUGAAGAAUCUACAAUUAUUCCAUUGUAAUGUAAUUAGGUUUAUCCACUAUGUUUAGUUCUGCUAUAUCUGUAUUAAUGUAAUUAUUCAUGUUUUCACAUCAAUAAAUGUUGGUUUUACUAUCUUAAG